GGUUCAACAGCUCAUAGGCUCUUUUCCAUUCCAGUUGUUGAGGAUGGUAAAGAGUCAAUCAUUGAAUGCCCUCUCAAGAUGGUUGAUGACAGAUGGGGGCUCUUAAAAGAAGUUGAAUUGAUCAUUUGGGAUGAAAUUAGUGCCCAAUCAAACCAAUGUAUCGAGGCUGCUGAUAGACUCUUGAGGAAGAUUAAAGAUAAACCUGAAGUACCAUUUGGUGGAAUUGUUUUGCUCUUGAGUGGUGAUUUCCGUCAAUGUUUACCAGUGAUUCAAGGAAGUACUAACCAAGAAGUUAUC